CGUUCAAACAGAACAAUAAAGAAAACUUGUUGAGUUAGACACGACGCCUAAACACGUUUUAUGAAGAAUUUUCACUUUAAAAUAAGACAGAGAUUCGUAUAUGGUGAUUACGUGAGUUUUGCCUAAAUAUUUCAUAAAUUCAUAGUCAUGUUGAGACGACACCUGUUUACAUAACAUGACCUAAAAAUAAAAAGUGACUGAAAACACAGCAGAUAAUUAAUUUCGACAUUUUUGUGAGUUGUCAGUGUUAUCGAAAUAGUUGAAAUGGGCAAAUCAGCCAAUAGCAAUUCAAAUGGCCACAAAAUGACACCGGACACCACAAAGAAAAAACCUACGACAUCGCUGACAAACUGGAAACUGCUGCUGAAAAAGCGAAUAUUCAUUUUGUCGUGGAUUCAAAACUAUGAUGUCGACAUGAUGGUUGGUGACUUUAUUGCUGGAACAACAUUAGGCUUAACCAUGAUACCGCAAGCCAUUGCAUAUGCAGCUAUACUUGGUUUACCGCCGCAAUAUGGUCUAUAUUCUGCAUUUAUGGGUACCUUCGUUUAUGCAUUUCUCGGAACAGUCAAAGAGAUUUCGAUGGGACCGACUGGCAUUUUGUCGUUACUUAGUUUACAGUAUACAAUGGGUUACCCAGUGGAAUAUACGAUAAUGCUAACGUUUAUGUCAGGAUUGGUUGUGUUUCUAAUGGGAGCCUUAAAUUUAGGUAUACUGGCUGAUUUCAUAUCCGUUCCGGUUACCAACGCAUUCAGUUCGGCAACAUUGAUAAUCAUUUCUAGUACUCAACUCAAAACUAUUCUCGGAAUAUCGUACUCGUCGAAAGGAUUUGUAGAUUCGCUGCAUAAUCUUCUAUUAAAAAUAACGGAAACACGCCUCUGGGACACCGUACUAGGCGUAACGUGUUGCAUUGUACUGAUUUUAUUCAGGAAAUUGAAAGAUGUGAAUGUGAAAUCAACCACACGCACUGGUAAAAUGUUCAAAAAAUGUUUGUGGUAUCUGAGUCAAGCCGGUAGUAUGUUGGUCAUCAUCAUAACUUCGAUUGUCGCAUUUCAAUGGGUUGCGGAAACGAACCCGUUUAAAUUACUAGGCAGUGUUCCACAAGGUAUUCCAAACAUCACUGUGCCGCCAUUCCAAUUUGAACACCAAAAUAAAACAAUUGGCUUCCUUGACAUCUGCAAAGACUUAGGGAGUGGAUUGUUUAUAGUUCCUUUGGUAGCGGUGUCGGCUAAUAUUGCUAUCGCUAAGACGUUCAGCUCAGCCGCGACACUAGACGCAACACAAGAAAUGCUAACAUUAGGAAUUUGUAAUGUAAUUGGUUCGUUUGUUGGCUCAAUGCCAACAUGUGGUGCAAUAACUAGAACAGCUAUUAGCCAGGCAAGUGGUGUGCGGACACCUCUAGCUGGAAUUUACACGUCCAUAAUGACUUUACUUGCCUUGAGCGUGCUCACACCAUAUUUUUAUUUCAUUCCACAAGUUUCUCUGGCAGCCAUUUUGAUUGUAGCGUGCAUCUUCGCGAUCGACUUCAGCCUUCCAUUGUAUUUGUGGCGCAACUCACGAAAAGAUUUUUGGAGCUGGCUAGUUUGUCUUGUAACAUGUCUAUUUGGGGGCAUCGAGGUUGGGCUCUUUGUAGGUGUCACACUAAACAUCUCGCAAUUGCUGUAUUUGUGGGCUAGGCCCGGAACAGUAAUAGAGGAAGAAGAAAUCAACAACACUCGUUUCAUCAGGGUGAAACCAAAUAUUGGCAUAUUUUAUCCGGGUAUAGUGCACCUUCGUGACGAGGUGAAUAAGGCACUUCUACUUGCGCAAUUCAAAGUUCCUGUAGUUAUUGAAUGUGGUCGAUUCGCUGGUCUGGAUUACACAGCUGCUCAGGGCAUCUGUGGCCUCGCCAACGAUCUCAAAAAACAUAGCCAGGUUCUUGUUUUGAAGCAGUUGAAGGAAAAAUUCCACAAUUUAAUUACGUCACCGAACGUAGUACUGUGCGAGACGGAAGAGUGUUUUAAAGUGAUGAUUUGCCAUGAGAAUAUCAGCACCGAAAGUGCCAUUAUACCACGAAGUGUAACAGUUGAAUUGGACGAAGAUACACAGCCUAAACGAGGAUCCGUUUUACGAAGACCCUCGUGCAGAUCAUGCUAGAGAUGGAACAGCUUGUUUUAGUGUAAAGAAGAGUAUCGAUUGAGUACAUCGGACAUACGUUCUGCUUAGGAAAAAUAAUAGAAACCAAAGAUGCAUGCAGUGGUGUGCACUUAAAUAAAAUUGAAUAUUGAAAGUGAACCUCUUACAUUGUUUGGGUGAAUAAACCUGAUUUUUAGC